AUGUGCGCGGAGGACGAUGUCGGUCCCGUGGACAUAGAAGGAUCUGAUGUGGAGAACGAUCUCGAGCACGAAGAUGCGAUAGAGCGCAUGGAUUGCGCCGAACAUCCUGUGAGCCGAGAAGCUUUGAAAGAAGUACUCUUUCGUGAGAAAGACUGGAAGCGUUGCCUGGCGGGACGCGACAACCGCACGAAGUUUGCUCUGAGCAGAUUGAAGCAAGUGGUUGAGGCCAUGGGUGGCUUGCCCAAUGUGACUGUCAACGUUGAAGGCGAGCGUCCUCUGGAUGGUGCUCUUCGUCGCGCAUGGGCCUAUGCUGAAGCACAAGACAUGUUUGACCGGCAAUCCCAGUACCUGGAGAAUCUGUCUGGAGGUGUUCCAGAUGAUGCUGAGGAGGAGUUUGUCCCGAGUGGCCUGGAAGCGAUGACUGCGACGGAUCCGUUCUUGAUGGAUCUGAACGCGCAGAAUCUGCGACCGAGGGACUAUGCCUUGAAGCUGGUGGAGGACCAAAGCUGGUGGAAAAUCAUGGGGUGGAUCGAACGACUGGAGUGCACGCUCAACGCACAGCAGAUUCGCGCUGUGGCUCCCAUUGUAUGCACGAUCGAUGAAAUGUGGGGGAAGCGCACCGAAGCAAGCACCUGCUUCGCCAAUGGCCAGCCCAGUGAGCGGUGCAAUUGUCUAUGGCUUGGCGCGGGGGGCUCGGGCAAAACGUGGGCAUACACCAAAGUCUUGCGACCUUUGUUCCAGCGCUUCUUUGGCUUUGGUCGCUACACUGCCGGGGCACCGACCCACGCGGCCGCGCGGUUGUUGGGGGCAGAAGCUAGAACUCUGCACAAACUGGCGAACAUUUCCCCCAACUCCGCACUACACCGCGGCGCCAUCCGAGGGCAGCGGAACAAAAAUGAUGCCUUGGAGCAACAGAUCCUGGCGUCAUUGGCCUGCAUCGUCGAUGAGCUGUCGAUGAGCGCAGCGGAUGUAUAUCAUGUUCUUGGCCUGCGCUUCUCGGUGAAGCGCUGUGAGAACUGGGCGCUGGACCUGAGCGGCUAUCUGCAGGAGUGGUUCGGCAAGAUGCCGAUAGGGCUACAAUUGGGCGACUUCCUACAGUUGCGCCCUGCCGCCCAAGCGAGCCUCUGCGAAUGGGUGGAAGUUCCGUCAGCGGUAGAACCAGCGCCACUGACGGAACUUCAAGAAGCCAAAGCCCCAGAGCAGGCCAGCAACGCAGCCGAGCUGGGGCGGCUCUUGUUCAAGAACUCCAUGGGCAUUGUGGUGCACUUCACUGGAACUGGGCGUUUCUCUUCUUGUGCUUCUGGCCAAGCUUUGGUGGCCAUUUUGCAGCACAUGCGGCAAGGCACCGCCAUGACGGACGCACUCUGGGCGCAACUCCAGAGUCGUGUCUACGAGGUCCAGCAACUGCAAGACCUCCAGACCGCGCCUUCGCGCCGGGUGUUCUUGCGGGCCUACUGGGGUGCACUUGCCUGGGAGCAGGUUGCUCGGUUGCAACAGUUGCGAGCAGUGCUUGAGGCGGAAGACGCUGGAGAACGGCUGUACUUCGCGCAAGCCAUCGACAAGCCCACCGGCGACGCCGCGCUGUCUUCCGCCCAGGUCAGCGCAGCUCUGCAGCAUUUGAACAUGACCAAGACUGGGUAUUUGAUUGGCAUGUGUCCGUUGUUUCUUGGGAUGGAAGUGCGCAUUUCGUGCAUCUUGCCGGAGCCCUUGCUGACGCGUGAGCUCCCGUGCAUAGUGCGACGCAUAGAACUACAUCCCAAAGAACCUCCGACGCCACCUGGAGCAGCUUGCGUGGUCCUGCAGUACCAGCCGCUUGGAGUUUUGGUGGAGGUCGCAGACAGUGAUUAUGGUCAGUUUCAGGUCCCUGGCGACGACGUACCCAAGGGUCAUUUCUACGUGAGGCCUGUGUUCAACAAGCAAUCGGCCUGGGUCUUUGAGGUUGCGCCCAAGCAGAAACUUCGACUUGUUCGGAAACAGGUACCCUUGGCCCCACAGCGAGUGCUGACUCAUUUUGGACUGCAAGGCAUCACUGCCAGAUCUGGCCUGGUCGCUUUUCUGAAUCAACCUCCCUGGAUGAAGGAUGGAGAUUACGGUUUGGCCCUCUAUGUCAUGUUGUCACGAGCAACGAAGUUGAGCGAUUUAUGGCUCAUUGGAGUGCCUGAGCGCCCAUAUUUCGAAGGCUUCUUGCAUGAGCACAACAAGACUUUGGUGGAUCGUAUGAGCCUGUUUGAACGUCUGUCUGUGCAGAAUGAGCAAGCUGCGGAAAAGUACAUCCAGAAGCUGCUUUGGAGGGGAAAUGCUUACGUGAACCGCACGCUUGGUGUUUCUGGAACAGGACAAGCCAAGAGGCGGAGGCUGACAGGCAAGACUGCUGUGGCCUGA